CAUCCAACCAGCGACGGAAGUACACAGUCUGGAAUGCAGAGCACGCGGCCACCCCAAGAACGAACGCGAGCCUCAUCAUGCGCAACCGACAUCAGCGCGGGAGCCGAGAUGUCGUCGAUCAAGAAGAUUGCCGAAUUUCCUGACGUCGAAGCGAAGCUGCAGAAGCCCAGCAAGCAAUCGGCAUUCGAGCGGCAGAAGGCCGAGGCCGAGGCGAAGCGCCGACGAGAGGCUGCCGAGACCGCCGCCGUUUACGAAGACUUUGUCAAGAGCUUUGCCCAUGAUGAGGACGACGAUUUCUUCCAGGGAGGGGGAGCAAAGCAGCCGCAGUCCCGAUUCGGCGCCGGCCCGCCAGAGAGGCCUUCCUUAGGCGGCGGUCCGCCGUUGGGAGGCGGCGCGGGCAAGCGGCACUUCGGCGUCCCUUCGGGCGCCCCGCUGAAAAGCGGCCCCGGGAGCCUAGGGCCGGCGCCGUCAUCGUUUGGGAAGAAGAGAUCGUACGAUGGCUUUCAGCGCGACACCGACGAGGGGCGCGGCAGACCGGGUUUCGGAGACCGUGACUCUGGCUCCUUGCCCGUCUCCAAGGCGUUCGAAGUCAGCGACGACGAGGGAGAUGCCACGGUCGCCGACCGAGCCGAAGAGAAGGCGGCAUCAAAACCGACUCUGCGCCUGGCAAACUUACCGCCCGGUACCUCGCCAGCUGUGAUCAAAGCCCUGAUUCCACCCAACCUGACGGUCGAGAAUGUCAAGAUCGUGCCGCCUUCGGGUCCCUGCGGUACCGAGCGGAAAUCGAUUGCCGCAAUUGUCACCUUAUCCAAAGAGACCCCGGCCGCCGACAUCGACAAUGCCGUGAGCGCUUUGCAGAACCGUUAUCUCGGUUUCGGCUUCUUCUUGUCCCUGCACCGGCACCUUUCCUCUGCCGCCAUCACGUCCGGUCUCACCGCUCUUCCCUCCUCCUCGACCGUGUCACAUCCGUUUGGCGCCAAGAGAGUGGAAGAAGGGCCAGGAAAGGCCGGCCCACAUUCCAUCGGUCAUGGACGCGCGUAUGCACCGCCAUCGUCGUACGGGCCUCCCCUCGGCGGUCCCCUCAACCGAGCCGGCAUUCUCCACGUCCCUGUUCGCGCCCCGCGGGAUAUCAAGCAGCUGCGCAUGAUCCAUAAGGUUAUUGAAGCUGUGCUGGAGCACGGGCCCGAGUUCGAAGCGCUUCUCAUGUCGCGCCCUGACGUCCAGCGAGACGAGAAGUGGGCGUGGAUCUGGGAUGCCCGCAGUGAGGGCGGGAUCUGGUAUCGGUGGAGGCUCUGGGAAAUCGUAACAGGUUUGCAGUCAACUCGGGGCAGGCCUGCAUAUUUUCCUCUCUUUGAGGGCAGCCAUGCUUGGAAAGCCCCUGAACGACGGCUGGCUUACGAAUACAUUACCGAAGUCGACGAGUUCAUAUCUGACUCCGACUACGACUCUUCUGACGACGACGAGUUCGAGGAAGAACAGGCCCGUCAAAACGAUGGAAUCGACCAGGAAGACACAUUCCUAAAUCCCAUCGAGAAGUUCAAGCUGGCUCACCUGCUGGCUCGGCUACCGACGACGUUGUCCCGGAUCAGAAAAGGGGACAUUGCGCGAGUGGCGGCAUUUGCCAUCACGCAUGCUAGCCGCGGGGCCGACGAGAUCGUCGACAUGAUUGCCUCCAACAUUGAGCACCCGUUUGCCUAUUCUCCAGCGAACCCGGAGUUCCGACAAGGAGCAAAGGCAAAAGAGGGUAGAGAGGAGGACUCCCGCGAUGCCUCGCCGGCGGCGGAGGACAAAGUGGCUUCCGACGCGCCUGAUAUGAGCGCGGCGCGGCUCCUCGGUCUGUACGUGGUCAGUGACAUCUUGUCCUCGUCAGCCACCAGCGGCAUCCGCCAUGCCUGGCGCUACCGGCAGCUGUUCGAGACGGCGCUCAAACGCCGCAAGACAUUCGAAAUGCUGGGCUUGAUGGCGGAAAAGCUGAACUGGGGCCGGCUCCGCGCGGAGAAAUGGAAGCGCAGCGUCGGGCUUGUUCUGAGCCUGUGGGAAGGGUGGUGUGUGUUCCCCGCUGAGACCCACGAGUUCUUUGUCAACAGUUUCGAGAAUCCGCCUUCGCUCAAAAAGGAGGCCCAAGACGCAGGACCGGAAAAGAAGGCGGGGCGUUGGAAAACUGUCGACGCCGGCGCGAGCGAUGCCGGCAACGGCAGCGGCUUCUUACCGGUCUCGACGAAACCUGCCGCGGAUUACGACUCUGCAGACGAUUAUGUCGAGGACAUUAUGUACACCGACGAGACCGACGGAGAGCUACACCCUGAUCGUCUGCAAUACCUUCCCGACUUGGACGAGGCCUUCUCGGACCUUGACCUCGAUGGCGAACCAGAUGAUGGCCCCAACGGGGCGCCAACCACACCCCCGACACCACAAACGGAGGAGGCGGCUGCGUCGCACGCAGCCAAGAGCGAGAUCAAAUCCAUUGGAGGCUUUCAGAUGUCGGCGUCUAAGCCAGCGCCGGCGAGAAAACGGAUGCGCGCCAUGGACAUGUUUGCGGAUUCGGAUUCGGACGGGGGCACAUAGGGACAUCCGGUGGAGACACUAUUACCUCCUCUGCGCUGCACACAUAGGAUAAAACUGGCGACCAGCAGAUGGCUGAAAGUUCCAUCGGCCACUCGCGUCGAAACUGGGAAACCGCGCUGGUGAAGAGGGAGGAGGUCGGGGUCGGCAAUGCCACCCACCCAGCCCGCUCAACCUCGCUUCAUGCGUGCCAUGCCACCCCCUCUCCACGUUGCUGCACGGCUCCCAGGAGACGCCGCGGC